CUUACCCGUGUUACCGAACAGGUCUGAAAGAGAAACCCCAGAAGAAGGUUUAGCGAAUGCUGCAUCUUUAGGGCUUAAAGGCCAAAUUGGUUUGUUUCUCAAGGCAAAAAAUUUCAUCCUAUUCGAAUUUGGAGGAUCCUUGUAAUGGCGAGUAGAAAGCUGAUUCGAGAUUUACUCAUCACAAGGCAGCCUCUCUUCCUCCGAUUGGCGCAUCAACGGAGAUUCAUGCCAGCCAUUGGGUAUUCGAUUAAUCGCCGGUUCAGCAUUUUCAGCGACUUGUCCAAGAAAAUUAGAGGGGAAGCUGAAAGCAAUCCUGAAUUCCAAAAAACAGUCAAGGAGCUCAAGGAAAAGGCAGAAGAGCUUAAAGUUGUCAAAGAGGACCUCAAAGUUAAAACAAAAGAAAAGACUGAGCAGCUCUACAAGCAAGUUGAUGGUGUCUGGACCGAGGCUGAAUCUGUCGCUAAAAAGGUGAAGGAGUCAUUCAAGCUUGGUAAGGAGGAGAAUGCAGAGUCAGCAAGUUCAUCAGGCACAGGAAACUCUAAAGAGGAAAACCAGCAACAGCAGCAAUCAGGCACUACUGAGGGAGGUCAACAUACAUUAUUUGAAAAAAUUAAAUCAAGCAUUUCUUCGCCCCUUGACAUAGCGAGGAAGGGAAUUGACAUUGUGAAGGAUGAGUUGCGAGGAGGCACGCCUAAAAAGAAGCACCUGGAAUACACGCCUCCCCCACCAUUUACAGGUGUGAAAAGUACGAGAACUGAUCUGGUGGUUACUCCUACAAAACAGUCCAAGUGGCAAAAGAAAUGGGAAUCUUUAAGAGAAAAGAUGCAAGCUCAUCCUGCUUUUAAACGUCUAAGCGGGAUAAGUGAGCCUGUUGUCAACAAGAGCCAAGAGAUUGCAGAGGAUGUUGUGGAAAGAUGGGAAACCAGUGACAAUCCCAUUGUUCACAAAAUUCAGGACUUAAAUGAGGCAGUGUUUAACGAAACAGAUUCUGGAUCAACUUAUAAGGAGAUACGCCGCCGAGAUCCAUCGUUCUCCUUGACGGACUUUGCUGCAGAAGUUCAUGAAGCCAUCAAACCAGUCUUGAGUGCAUAUAGCAAGGGAGAUGCUGAGACACUGAAGAAGUAUUGUAGCCCGGAAGUGAUUGAACGGUGCACUGCAGAGCUCGCAGCUUUAAAAGGCCAUGAUCUUUUUUUCGAUCACAAGAUUCUGCACAUAUCGGAAGUAGAAGUUGAAGAGACAAAGAUGAUGGGAACUACACCCACAAUCAUCGUCAGGUUCCAAACGCAAGAAAUCUUCUGUGUUCGUGACAAGAAGGGCAAUAUCAAAGAAGGAGGCCAGGACACGAUACAUUCGGUGUACUACAAGUGGGCAAUGCAACAAGUGGAGGCAGGGGAGGAAUCUAUGUAUCCCAUUUGGAGGCUCAGAGAUAUAUGUAAACUUGGUGCUGCUCAAGCUCUGAUUUAAAAUCGUUCUUUGGUUUAUACCUUAAAGCUAAGCCUCUUUUAUAUCAUUCUCACUCUUGCUCUCUGCAACGUAUCAGUAGAGUAUUAUUUACUCAAAAUCUUGCCCACUCUUUUCCCUCCUUUUUCGUGUUCUUCUUCCUCGGGAAGAAUUGAGGUUCCCAUGUUUUUGGGUUAUAAGUUUUGACAUGUAUUUGAUUAGUCCCCACCAUGUCUCUUGUUUUGAAGGGUUCUUGCUUCUGUUAGUCCUAAGGGGAUAAUACACUCUUCGGAAAAUAAGAAACAACAUUUACAAUU